GCAUGCGUGAACGAGGCGCUGGAGCUAUCAAAUCGUGUAUGGACAGCCGCUUCGGUACUAAGGCGGCGAUCGUAAGUGUGCCGUUGCGAAGCGUUACCUGCCUGCCACACGAUUUUACGGAAACACUUCAUUUUUAUUUUGUGUUUGUGAACGCAUUUCGCCGGCGAAGUCUUUUAAUGGAUUACCAUUUUCAUACGACCCACUAGUUUGUUUCUUUGCGCCGCUGUUGUUCCAUGGUGUAGCUUCGCUUUUUGAAAACCGCGGCCAGGAAGUAUCGCAAACGACAUGGAUUUACCGAAAUGAGACUGUCCACAAUUUGUUGCGAGUCUACCCUAAACGUUCAACGGCGACUGUGACAUAUAAGAUACCGAACCCAUGGCAUUGGGCUCCCCUACAUCUCCCAAACUGACCUCCGGGGCUCAAUUUCUGCCUGGAUUCCUCAUGGGGGAUUUGCCAGCUCCCACCAGUCCACAGCCCCGUUCCUUCACCCUCUCUGCACCAAUCCUGGACAGCUCAAGUUUAAUAAAAGGAAGUGGGGGUGCUGCGCCGCCACCUGUAGUCCCUACCCCAAAGGAAAAGAGUGGAGCUCCGCCUGUCCGAAGCAUUCAAGAUGACCUUAUAAUUGCUGGAACACCUCAAACUGGACCGUCUUUUUCAAUGAUGCAGUCUCCCCUGGCAGCACGGUUCCCCUCCACUCCAGGAGCAGGCUGCAUGUCUCCUGGUGUCCAGCAGUUUUGUCUGUCUCCAGCUCAGGUGGAUCCAUUCUACAGUCAGGGAGAGUCUCUGUCGGCUGACGAUCAGCUUGACCAGACAUGGGUCACGGUCUUUGGAUUCCCUCCAGCCUCAGCCUCCUAUAUUCUCCUUCAGUUCGCUCAGUAUGGAAACAUCCUGAAGCACAUGAUGGCGUCUCCAGGCAACUGGAUGCAUCUUCAGUAUCAGUCGCGCCUGCAAGCCAGAAAGGCCCUGUCUAAAGAUGGCAAAGUUUUUGCUGAUGCCAUCAUGGUUGGAGUGAAGCCUUGCAUAGACAAAAGUGUUAUGGACAAUGGAGAAGCAGUGUCCUCGCCUCUUUCAUCCGCAGCCCUUCCAGCCACCCCUCGCUCUGCGAUCAGACCCCUCAGUGCCACCUACAGGACCUGCAGCAAUGACAACCAGGUGGUCACAGACAGACAGACACCAAGGAAAGAUGACAGCUUUGUUUCUAAAGCAAUGGAAUACAUGUUCAGCUGGUAACAGCACACAACUAAUGACUUGCUAAAACUUCAAUAAAGUUUGCUUUGAAAUAC